AUGGCAAAUCAGAUAGCUGAGUUAACUAGUGCUCGGAUUGAAAAUAAUGAGGAUCACAUUGAGAAACCAGAAGACGAUGAAGAAAAUUAUGAUCCAACACACUUUUCAUCUUUGGCUGUAGAUCCUAUUUCACCCUUUCAGGAGCUCGCCAAGCUAUUUGAAGAUCAGUUCACUACUUCUUCCAUAUAUUUACACGACUCCGAUUAUCUGAACUCUAUCAAGCAAGGACAACAUGAAAGCCUAAGGGAGUAUGUCACUCACUUCACCAAAGCAGCAAUGAGCAUCCCAAACCUCCAUCCAGAGGUACACCUACAUGCUAUAAAGAGUGGACUCCAUCCAGGAAAAUUCCAAGAGGCCAUCACCGUAGCCAAACCCAGAACCUUGGCUGAGUUUCGUGAGAAAGCCAAGGGUCAAAUGGAGAUUGAAGAGCUACGCCAAGUUUGGAAAUCUAAGAAAAACCAAACUAAUAAGGAUGAUGACAAAGCCUGGGACAACGAGAAACCCUUUCGGUUAACACCGUGUUAUGAUUCUUAUACCCAAUUCAACACCAAAAGGGAGGAAAUAAUUAAAGAAAUACUGAAUGUAAAACUAAUCAAAUCUCCUCAAAAGGCCAAAAACUACCAAGAUCUAAAGAAUGUGGACAAGUUAAAGUAUUGUGCCUUUCACCAAAAACAUGGGCAUACUACUGAUGAGUGUGUCGUAGUCAAAUACCUACUAAAGCAACUAGCUCAGUAA